AUCCUGGACGACGUAAAAUCUGACUUCGAUAUUACGAAUGGCCAAGCGGGUCUUUUGCAAACUGCUUUUAUCAUAAGUUAUAUGAUUUUUGCGCCCUUGUUCGGUUAUUUGGGUGAUCGUUAUAAUCGAAAAAUCAUCAUGAGCUUUGGAGUAUUUCUUUGGUGUCUCACGACAUUCAUCGGCUCUUAUAUGAAGACGUACGGGUGGUUUCUGUUAUUUAGAGCGAUGGUUGGAGUGGGAGAAGCGAGUUAUUCAACGAUAGCGCCCACUAUAAUUAGCGACUUGUUUGUUAAAGAUGUUCGCUCUAAAAUGCUCGCCCUUUUCUACUUCGCUAUACCAGUCGGAAGUGGGCUAGGGUACAUAGCCGGUGGAGAAACUGCAAGAGCGACGGGUUCAUGGCAAUGGGGACUGCGAAUAACUCCCGCUUUGGGAAUCUUAGCAAUAAUCCUAAUUCUUCUGCUAGUUCGAGAUCCAAUCAGAGGCGAGAAAGAGGGCGGAGCUAACAUUGCCAGUACUUCCUGGGGCGAAGAUGUCAGAGCUCUCUUGAAAAAUCAAAGCUUUAUGCUUUCCACCGCCGGCUUUACCUGCGUCUCAUUCGUUACUGGCGCGCUAGCGUGGUGGGGACCGACAUUUUUGAAAUUAGGAUUGAAACUGCAGAUGGGAGAUGACGUCGAUGAACAUAAUGUUUCGUACAAGUUCGGACUGAUUGCGAUGGUCGCUGGACUAAUUGGCGUGCCUUUAGGAUCGAUUUUAGCGCAAAAACUGAGGGUCUGCUAUUCUCAAGCAGAUCCGCUCAUUUGCGCAGUUGGCCUUCUUAUCAGCGCUCCGCUGAUUUUCUUUGGGGCUGUCUUAGCUGGAAUUAAUUCGACUGGAUGUUAUUUAUUAAUAUUCGCUGGACAAGUGUUUAUUAAUAUCAAUUGGUCCAUCGUUGCGGAUAUGCUCUUGUAUGUCGUAAUUCCUACUAGAAGAUCGACAGCCGAAGCGUUUCAAAUUCUUAUAGCGCACGCACUCGGUGAUGCAGGGAGUCCCUAUCUUAUUGGUCUCAUCUCAGAAUACGUAAAAUCGUCGAUUUCGGCACAAGCGAUACCUGGGGAUGCGAAGAGCGACUUAAUCGAAUUUCGCAGUCUUCAGUAUGCUCUCUUCAUCACCAUUUUCGUUGAAGUGAUUGGAAGCCUCUUCUUUUUCUUCACAGCUUUGCACAUCCAGAAGGACAAAGCUGUAGUUGAUUUCACUAUAGCCGACAAAUAUCUAGAAACUAAACAUAAUGGGAAAGCGGAAUCGACGCGUUUGUAAGGUCAUCAAGUGGGCCUCACCUAUAAUAUCUGAUGGAACUGACUCGGAUACCUCGUUCAUUCUCGACGAGGAAAGCGAAAACAGAGCUCAAAACACUCUGGUCGAGCCUGACUGAUUAUAUUUGUCAAUUAUAGAUUAGUAUCAAUGUAAUGUUACUAAUUUCAUUUGGCAACUCCUCACAUCAAAAUUUAGGAGUUUAACCACUUAUUAAAUAAUUACCUUUGGUUGUGAAUAUUUGGCUAAAUGUACAAAGAACUAGGCAAAAUGUCAAAUGUUCACUCGCUGUUUGUCCACGGGGCAGCCAAAAAAUGCAAUGCUAAAAUUGCAUCGAACUGAUCCAAUAGUUUAUUGAUAUUUCCUCAUU